UGCAGCCCGUCCUUCGGUCUUCACCGCAUCAUGUGCUUCAUCGCCAACACGUCACGCAAAGGUGAAUCUUCUUCUUUAUGUGUUCCUACAAUUUCCUAUGUUGAAUGGUAUGCUACUUCAUACUCUUUCAUAUGUCGAGAGUGGAUUUGGUGACCGGGUGUAUACGUGAGCACGCGGUCUUUACCGUUGGAUCUGCUUUAAGAUACUAGCCUCACAAACGGAGCCAAACGGUGUCAAACCUCCUUUUUCUAAUCCCUCUCUCUUCUUCUUCCUUUCCCCAUAAGCGAAAUAGUGCCCUCGUCUUCUACAUCCCCUAGAUCGAAUCAGUGUCCCCGUCUACGAUGUGGACGCCGCCAGGCUCCUCGCCUCCUUCAAGGUCUUUGACGGCGUGCGCGUCCACGGCAUCCAGCCCCGCGGCUCGCCCCCCGCCGACGGGCUCGCUGUCGCCGUGUUCGGCGAGAGGAGGGCGAAGCUUCUCAGGAGUGGAUUGGGGGCAUCAGCAGUGGAUUUGGUGGGGCGGACGCGGUGGAUUUUGGGUACUGACGGCGCUCGAUGCGGUGCUGCCGCCAGGCAAGAGGCGGGUGGGGAUUGGGUCGGAGGGCGCGGUGCCCCGCCGGCCGGGAAGAAGAACGGCCCGUCACUUCUUCGGCGCCGCCCUCGACAGCUCCUCGUGCACGCCACCACAGGGAGCUGCCGACGUCCGCCGGAGCAGCUCCUCGCGAGCGCCUUCUCCCCAACCGCGGCAAUGGCUGCGACCAAACGUGGGAGUCUGUGCGGGCACGGCUACCUACUAGAAAUCCCCUGUUUUCUUCUCCGCCUUCAGUCUAUGGCGCGGCAAGCUCGGCUAUAUCUGGAAUAAUCGUCCCCACUCGAGCAGAAGCUGUUGGCCGGAAAGGAAGGCCUAGGGGACCUGCAAUCCCAGAUGAACCCAUCAGUGGGCGAGGUGGACGACGAUUGCGACAUGGCUAUGGAGCUUUGCCACAUGCAAGAACCCCAGAAGCUUGGUGUGCUUCGGUUUGCUGAUGAAUGGCGUCGUAGGGCGCUCAAGUAGCGUGCACCGUCCCUGCUCUUACACCGGUCUACAGCAGCUAGGCGAUGGCGCGCGGCUCUCUCACUAUCUAGCGCGCGCACCGUGGUUGGAAGGGGUUGCCUGUCCGUGGCUUCCUCCGGCGCUGGCGCGGGAGCGACGGUCAGGGGCGCCGUCAUCGUGGACCGCGGCGCUGCUAAAGGCUUCUGGAGCUGCACACACGCGGCGAUGGUUCUGGCAACAACUCAAUUUGGACGUGCCCGCCGCUCUUCGGCGCGUCCGUCGCGAACUCCGAUUGCUGUAUCCGAUUUUUUUCUUUUCAAAGUGGAUGGAUAUGAUGCAGAGAGGAUAAGCAUUGGGUUGGGACGGGAUCCGAUUUUUUUUC